UUGUGCACGGAACCUCUCUUACCAGCAGAAAACAGUGCAGUAUUUUUUCCGAGUUGGAUCGUGAGUUUGUGAAUCGGUGUGCGAAUAAGAGCCAUGGGGUUGACGAACUUCGUGUUGACGGUGGCCGGUGUUACCGCCGCCUUUCUUCUUCUGAGGAGUGACGUGAAGCAAUCUGCGUCAAUAUUCAAGCGCAACGUCAAGCACAUUCGCAACUGGCUCGAAGAAGAAACCGCUGCUUCUUCCAAAGCAAUGGAGAAGUCCACUCCAAAAGAAUUGGAAACAAAGGUUCCUCCAAAAGACAUUCCUAAGGAGGACAAACACUAAUGUUUAUGCAGGUGAUGGGGAUGUUUGUUGCAGUAAUUUUGUUUUUUUCAUUGUGUUUCUCUCUUACUGUCUUUGAAUAGUUGUAUGGUUUUUUUUUUUUUUUUUCACUAAAAUGAAUUCUUUAUCAAUAUCUGUUAAUAUAACUCUUGAAGGACCCUUAUAUUCUAUGUAUCUACCAAUAAUGAGAAAAGUUAUGGUUAUUCCGCAUUCCCAGUUUUUAA